AUGCAAUCUUCUGACCUUGAGGCGCUGGAUGACGAGUUCUAUAGCCUAUCUGCAGACCAGGAUACUUGCAAGCUUUCCUUUGAGAAUGACGACAUCCAGGAGAAUAAAUCAGAGUCGUUGAAUGAUAACCAUCAUACGCUGUCUUCUCUGUGUCAGGAGAUAAGUCAUGUUUCGAAUUUUAAAAACUCAAAUUUCGCGAACUUCUUACAAGAAUGCUCCAUCAGGCAAGAUGAUGAAUUCUCUUGGCUCGAAGAAGAGCACCGUGACGAGGAAGAGGCACAUGGGCCCCCCAAAAGAAAGGCAUUUCACUUUUAUUUUUAUUUGAAGGGAAAAUCAAAGAAGAAAAAAAGAGAUGAUGAUGUCGACAUUUCGUCGUCAUCGACGCCAUAUUUGUCUGCUGAAUGUUCUAAAAUAAUGUGCCAAGCUAACAGUAAUUUUGUAUCGAAAAACUAUCCGGCUGCCAUUGAUGGAUAUUUAAAUGUCAUACGGAUAGCGCCCAAUACGCACGAGGCAUAUUCUACGCUUGGGAUUAUUUACAAAGAAAUGGGGGAGUCCAUCAAGGCAUUCAAUUAUGCCCUGAUCUCGCUUCAUCUUUCUGAAAGCGACUCUUUGGAUGGAUCGUGUUGGCGCAAAUUGGCGCUCGAAGCCAUCUCCCUUUCGCUAUCUACCGAGGCAAUCUAUUGCUUUAAUAGAGCCAUUAGGCGGGAUUGGAAAGAUAUUUCUUCAAUUUGGAUAAGGAUGCUUUUAUUUCAUGAAAGAAGGGACCGUCGAAGGGUGGCAGACAGCUGUGUCUUGCUUUUGAAAAGCUCUCCAUUUCAUCCUUUAAUUUUAAGGCUGUUGAUUCACAUUCAUUUAGCCCUCAAUGAGCCUAUAAGGUUAGUAGGGAUCUUGGAAAGCAUGCUGUUGACUUCUUCUGCAAGCAUCUCACGUUGGACUUAUUUCCACUUGAGAUUUUUAUGCCGUCUUUAUGUCCACCUGAAUGACUAUGGAAGAUUAUUUUCGGCUUUACCCGGAGUCAUCAUUUGGAUGAGAAAAUCGUUUUCGGACUUUCCUUGCUCGCCAUUGAAAGAAGAUGACCCUGUGAGCGCGAUAAUCUGUAAAGAAUCCAUUAAUUAUGAAGUUGGAACAAUGUUUUGCGAGUUGAACUCUCUUUGUUCGCCAUUUGAUUCCAUAUUCCAUGGUUCGUUAGUCAAUGAUCUUCCGAUCUCGACAAGUGUCUCUGAAGAUGGCAGUUUGAACAUUUUCGCAUACGAGCAACAGAUUCUAAGCAAAGAAGACCGGUCUCUACGACCUGUCGACGUAGAGGCGGAGAAAGGAGAGCUUAUACUGGCCGAUCCAUUGGCUUAUCGUUCAAGCUGGUUCGAUUACAUGCCUAUGGAUAUUCAAGCCUAUUACUUAUCAUCAGCCAUAUAUGCUAACAUGAACCAUUACUUUGAGUCAAAAUACGAGUCAUCCUCACCAGAAGUAAUAUCUCGUUUAGCUAUCGAAUAUGGAAAGUCAAAAUUCGAGCUCCAUGAUCUGGUUGGAGCUGCCAAUCUUUUUACUUCUGUUUCGGCAGAAUCUGAUCAAUACAUUUCUGCCCAAUGCUAUCUUGCAAGAUCUUAUCGCCAACUUGAUAUGGAGCCGGAGGCAAUUCGUAUUUUCAGCUCCAUAUUAUCACUGGAUCCUCUUUGCGACGAUGCAAAUGUUUCCUUGGCUGAAAUCUAUGCAUCUCAUGGCGACUCUUUGAGAUCACAAUUCCAUGCUGCAAAAGUUGCCUCUCUACUUAACCCUCAAGACAUCGGUGGGGGCAAAGAUACAUCUGGUUGUUUAAAAAUUUCGGUUGCCGAAUUAUUUCGGAAAUUAUCGCAUAUUGAAGAGGAGAGCCCUGAAACCGAAGACGAGGAUUCUCUAAAUCUGCCCAGCCAAGAUGAAGCAAAAGGAUCCCUUAUAGCCUCGUUUCCUAAUAGAAGCGAUUCAAGGCGUCCCAGAAGACCGCGUAUUUCGGCGCUCAAUACCAGUCUUUUGAAAUGCUCCAAACCCAUUUAUGUGUUUGAGAGCAUAGUUCCCUUUCGAAUUGGAGAUCAAAACUUCCCAUUUGUCAGGGCAAUCUCUUACACCAGAUAUGAUGAACAGGGCUGCAAGCAAGUAAGACUGCUUUACAAACGAUCUCUGCUUCUUUUGGCGUCCGUGUCAAAGAACGAGUUUCUGAUGGCAGCUGGUCUUUUGGUUUCCGACUUUAUCAACAAUGGCCAUUUCUAUCGAGAAGGCCAUGGGGAAUUGAGGACAUUUUCGUCGCGUUCGUUGCGUAAGGUCAGAAAGGAUCUAGCUUUGAAUGUAUACCAGGAUCCAGAGAUCUUCACCAUCAUCCAUGCACUUUCUAGAGACAUUUGCCCUGAGGAAGGUAACCGAGGACUCCGAGAAACCCUUUUACAGGCCUGCCAUGGACUGACCGUUCAGGAGUGGUUUGACAUCAUUUUCAAGGUUUCCAUGCUUUUGAUACCCAAUGUAGUUUUCUAA